AUGGUGUGGCCGAACUUGAGGACACAGUUCGCCGUCUCGAGUUUCAUCUGUCCCAAGUGCAACGCAGGAUUCCGAAGGAUGUGGGACCUGAUUAGGCACAAGUGUGGCCAGAUACCUAGAUACGCGUGUCCCUAUUGCCAUAAGAAGGACAACUCAUCCUCGAACGUUUACAGGCACAUUAGGCGGUGGCAUCCUAAGCUGCCAGUCGUGUGGGACAUCUCGUCUUUUUCGAAGAUCAACUCGAACGAGUGCGAGCAGUGCGGCGAAAUGUUUGCUAAGCUCGGAGACUUGAUCUACCACACGCAGAACACGUGCUGUUAUCAGAAACACAGGAUUCUUCCCCCGAACCCCGAUGGUUAUAACGCCCCCAGCAGCUUGGACUGCGUUCAGUGCGGAAAGACGUUCAAAAGGCUUAAAGAUGUCAAUUAUCACAUUCGCCAUUUGUGCGGGAUCCGUGGGAUACAGUGCCCGUAUUGCAAAAAGUGUUACACGUACACCUCCAACGUCAAGUAUCACAUAAACCGUUAUCACAAAGGGAAGAAGGUUUACUACAAUAAAAUCUACACUUCUAACGCUCGCGCUGUCGAUCAUGACUAUCGGAGAUACAAGCGCAAGUGGAACGAACAGGACUUUCUUAACUACCCGAGGGACAUGAAAAGCCUCACAAACAGUUACAGAUAUCACCCGAACGAGCGUAAAAGGUUCGAGUGUCUCGACUGUGGAUGUCGUUUCACCCAGAAGACCACCAUAACCAGGCACUUGCGUUACUUUUGCGGUCAGGGGCAUCGUUAUCAGUGCCCUUACUGCGAAAUGAGAGCCUCGUGCUCGUCCAAUAUUUACAGACACGUGAGGUCGCGCCACGCCGGGCAUAAGGCGCACGCCAUCAAGCUCUUCGACCAGGUUAAUUCCCGUUAUUGCCAGACCGUUCCCAGGCAGCGACGGAAAGUGUACUCCGUGAACAAGAGUCACUAUUGCCCACGCUGCAACCGCGGCUUCACGCUAAAGAAAAACAUGACACGGCAUCUGCGCCACGAGUGCGGCAUGGCUCCGAAAUACCAGUGCCCUUACUGCGAGAAGCCCUCCAAGUUUACCCAGAAUAUUUACGCCCACAUCAGGAAGUACCAUCCUGGCCAAGUUUUGUGCUUCAAACGACUCUAUUGA